CAGGAUCUAGACGACAAGUGGAGUUCAGGUUUGGUGUCGAGUUUUAUUAAGUUUCCGUUUUGUCUCUCUCAAAUAUGAAAUACCAAAUUGUAUGAAAUGUUUUUAAAAAAAGUUGUUAAAAGGUUUUGAGCGACCCUUCGUCCGUGUGCUAAAUGUAUUGUCACUGACAAGAAAAGAAAAUGUAAAAUACACAGAUCGAAAAAAGCGAAGCCCUGCUAACAGAACAAGACACCCUGAAUGCACCCUGAAUGCGUCCACAGAUGUAAGUGAUGUGGACAGUGAAGGUAGUUGGCCUUGGGCUUGUUGCGCUCUCUCUGAGUUUGGAGGUGCUAGUCUGGGUUGUCCGUCGCCGUAGGCCUAAAAAUAUCCUCAAUGAAGUCCUGUUCUUCCCUUCAGAAAUAACAUGCACGGAGGCCAUCUUUACUCCAUCACUCCACUCCUGCUUAUGCACGUUGCCUCAUGGGGUAGAAACGUCUUUCUCCCGACUUCUCUGCCACAUCCUUUCGACUUCCUCCUCCCUGGACCUGUGUGUUUUUGCUUUUUCAAACAUGGAUUUGUGCAGGGCUGUAUUAGCUCUUCACAACAGGGGUGUGGUCGUCCGAAUCCUGACUGACAAGGAUUAUGCUGCCAUCACUGGUUCUCAGAUAGGGGUCCUUCGUAAAGCUGGAAUUUGUGUGCGGUGUGGCGUGAAAACUGUGUAUAUGCAUCACAAGUUUGUGGUGAUUGACGGUCGGCUCCUCAUCAAUGGCUCCCUCAACUGGACAGUGACAGCAGUACAAAGCAACAUGGAGAAUGUCCUUAUCACCGAAGUGCCUAAGCUGGUGCAACCCUUUAUCAAGGAGUUUCACAGAUUAUGGGAGCAAAGUGAUCCAUCUGCAUAUCUCAGAUCAGGUGACCAAAACCCUGCACAAAACAGGAAUGAUGUAGCUUUGUUUAGUUAAGAUAUUUUUUUGUGUUGUCAAAAAUGUAACUUUCAUUACAUAUAAAUCCCCUCCGUGGGCCUUAGGUGGUUUUAAGUUCUUUGAAAGCUUGAAAUUUGAAAGCUGUGAUUUGUGAUUGCUCUAAACGAAGUCUUGUUUCUAUUCAACAAGCUGAUUGCUGAUUUUUUUUUAAUUUGUUUUUUGCAGCAUUUCAUUACUUUUAUUCAAAUUUCACAUUUUAUCUACUGCUCAUUAUCACAGUUUGCCCAUGCAGUUUUGUCAUUUGUUUACCUUUGAGGUCAGGGAAUGUGUUAACUUGUUAGUAUGGAUUUUUGACUUUAAAAUAAAAUCUACAAAAAAAA